CAUCUUCCGUCUUUACUGUGUGCAGUGAACGCAUCAGGAGAGAGAGAGAAAGAGAAAAGGCGCUCCUUCAGUCUGAACCUGGACUUUAAUUUGGCGUUAAAACAUGCCAGGAUUCUAAAACAUGCAGCUGCGUUCAGACAACAGGAGCUUCCGGCCUUAGAAUAAACUUCAUCCAAGUCAUCUGCACUGAGAAGCAAAGAGGUGAGGCUCGUCGCGGACCCUCGUGUGAUCGCUCUGCUUUUCUAAACAUCUCCGACACUUCAGCUGCUCCUGAUGGAAGCCAGAGGAAAGUACGAUUUCGCUGCAACAGCGGACGACGAGCUUAGCUUCAGAAAGGGAGACAUACUGAAGGUUUUAAGCCCACAGGACGAGUGGUGUAAGGCAGAAAUGAACGGAAUGGAGGGAUACGUGCCGCAAAACUACAUCGAAAUAAAUACUCCAAUGUGGUUCCAGGAGAACGCCAGUCGUAACGCUGCAGAGGAGCUGCUGAGGUACAAAAACGUGGGAGACUUUGUGAUUCGAGGCUGCCAGAGUUCCCCCGGAGACUUUUCCAUCUCUGUCAAACACGAGAAUGACGUCCAGCACUUCAAAGUAAUGAGGGACAACAAAGGCCAGUACUUCCUGUGGUCGGAGAAGUUCACCUCCCUGAACAAGCUGGUGGAGUUUUACAAAAACACGUCCAUCUCUAAAACCAGGGAGAUCUACCUGAACGACGGCAGCUCGGACAGCAGGAGCCCGUCCUCGGCCCAGUCGGUGAAGAGGGGAAGUUUGCCUGAACAGCGUAACGCAGCGGCGGCUUUUGAUGCGACACCACGCAGAGCUUCAGACCAGACUCAUAACCAGCUGGCUAAGCGAACCGGUCUGGAGGAGCGUGCUCACACCAUCGGCCACACAGGAAGAAGCAGCCCCAUCAGCUACCCUCAACGCCACUGUGAAACCAUGCCCCCGCCUCAGAGGGCGUCCUUGCUGCAGGUGAAGGCGCUGUACGACUUCAAGGCAGAGGAAGAGGACGAACUCGGCUUCUUCUCCGGCGACAUCAUCGACGUGUUUGAUCGCUCCGAUGCGUCGUGGUGGAAAGGGAGACUGCGGGGGAAGAGCGGGUUGUUUCCCGCUAACUACACAGCACCGAUGUGAGGAAACUCCUCGAUGACGCCUUUUAACUCGCCUGCACACGAACUAGAGCUUCAAGUGCUUCGAUAUGUGAAACACCGAGCAGGCCUGUGGUCUGAGCGCUGCAGGUCGACUCUCCACCAGACGACUGUUUCACACAGCGCUCAGGUUUUGUUGAGCAUUUUUCGUUAGAGAGGAGCAGAGAUGCAGCUGCAGGAACCUCCUACAUGUUCUACCAGCUCUCAGAAAGCGCUGACAAAGAAUGUUUUUUAUCACUUUUAUUAUGACACGUCUGUCAGCAGGUAUUUAUUUGCUGAAGGCUCGUUGGCUCGGCUGCCGAUGAAUCAACUGUUUCUGCUCGUGUUUCGACAAGUUUUGUACCGCAAAAAGUUUUAUAUAGAUGUGUAUUUUUCUUGCAGCUCACUGACCUGAAAAUAAAGUUGUUUCAAUCACUGUUA